CACGUGCUGUUACACUGUCACAUGAUAGCACUAGUAAUGAGCGACCGACAUGAAAUCUUGGGAUUCGGCUCAGUGCGACUUGAAAGAGCCACGAUGUUUUGUGAUUUGAGAGCAAUUACGCUCGUGUCUUUUGUGCUCAUUCUGUGUCUGAGUACAACUGGAGCAUCCUACCCGUACAAGACCGAUUACUUUGACCAGAUAAUUGAUCAUUAUAACUUUGCAAGCCAUGACAACAAAACCUUCAAACAGCGAUACAUGGUGUCAGAAAAGGACUGGAAGGUCAGGAAAGGACCCAUUUUCUUCUACACUGGCAAUGAAGGACCUAUUACUACGUUUUUGGAGAACACAGGUUUCAUGUACGACAUAGCACCAGAGUUCAACGCCCUUCUUGUUUUUGCUGAACAUCGAUUCUAUGGGGAAUCCUUACCUUUUGGCAACCAGUCGUUCACCACUGAGAACAUGGGCUUACUGACUGUGGAGCAAGCCUUGGCAGACUACGCUACGCUCAUUAUGUACCUCAAGGAGAGUCUCAAGUGCCCUGCCUGUAAAGUGGUCACAUUUGGAGGAAGUUACGGAGGCAUGCUCAGUGCGUACAUGCGGUUCAAAUUUCCCAACAUUGUAGACGGGGCCAUAGCAUCUAGUGCACCCAUCUACUCCACAGCGGGACUGGGUUCCCAGACCUACUUCUUUGAUGAUGUUACAAAAGCCUUUGAGAGCGUACCCUCUACCGGCCCCAAUUGUGUGGCAAGUGUCAGGAAGGCAUUCAUUCAAAUUAAUAAACUUGCAGAUGAAGGAAAGGAAGGUCUGAGUAAUAUUUCCUCAACGUUUAAGCUUUGUAAACCCCUGACGGACAAGACCCAGAUACCCCACCUUCAGGGCUGGGUCCGCAAUGCUUUCACCAGCAUGGCCAUGGGUAACUAUCCCUACAACGCAACUUUCCUGGGACAAAUGCCUGCAUGGCCUGUUAAUGUCUCGUGUGGUCUUAUAGUGGAUGCUCCAUCGACUAACCCCAUGCAAGGUCUGGCUAAUGCUGCAUUCUUGUUCUACAAUGGUACCCAGGGCAAGCUAAAGUGUAUGGACAUUAAUACAGAGUUUGUUGAAUGUGCUGAUCCAACUGGUUGUGGGCUGGGAGACAACGCAAAAGCUUGGGAUUGGCAGGCUUGCACUGAGGUCACACUGCCGGCAGGCUCCAAUAAUGUAACGGACAUGUUCCCGUCGCUGCCAUUUAAUGAGAAAACAAGGGAAGCUUACUGCAGUCUGAAGUGGAAAGUUGCCCCGAAGCCAACCUGGUUAAAUGUCAUGAUGUGGGGAAAAGAUAUAGAGUCUGCAUCCAACAUUGUCUUCUGCAAUGGAGCGCUGGACCCGUGGCGAGGCGGGGGUGUGCUUGUCAAUCCCAACCCAGCCAACUUGGACGUGUGCCUUAUCUAUGAAGGCGCCCACCAUCUAGAUCUGAGCUCCAAUGAAAUGGAAACAGAUAUUUCAUCUGAUGGGGCAAAAACUGCAAGCGCCACAAUAAAGGAGCUCUUUGUUGUUCAUUCAUUCCCAGGUCUGAGUAAUAUUUCCUCAACGUUUAAGCUUUGUAAAACCCUGACGUACAAGACCCAGAUACCCCACCUUCAGGGCUGGGUUCGCAACGCCUUCACCAACAUGGCCAUGGCUAACUAUCCCUACAACACAACUUUCCUGGGACAAAUGCCUGCAUGGCCCGUUAAUGUCUCUUGUAGCCUAAUAGUGGAUGCCCCAUCAACAAACCCCAUGCAAGGGCUGGCUAAUGCUGCAAUUUUGUUCUACAAUGGCACCAGCGGCAAACUAAAGUGUAUGGACAUUGAUACAGAGUAUGUGGAAUGUGCUGAUCCAACUGGUUGUGGCCUUGGCAACGAUGCAAAGGCUCAGGAUUGGCAGGUAUGUACUGAGGUAACAAUGCCGGCAGGUUCUAAUAAUGUAACGGACAUGUUCCCGGCGCUGCCAUUCAACGAGAAAAUGAGGCAAGCUUACUGCAGUAUGAAGUGGAAAGUUGCCCCGAAGCCAACCUGGUUGAAUGUCAUGAUGUGGGGAAAAGAUAUAAAGUCUGCAUCCAACAUUGUCUUCUGCAAUGGAGCGCUCGACCCGUGGCGGGGCGGGGGUGUGCUUGUCAAUCCCAACCCAGCCAACUUGGACGUGUGUCUUAUCUAUGAAGGCGCCCACCAUCUAGAUCUGAGGGGUGCAAAUCCAGCUGACCCGGUCUAUGUACAGAAUGCCAGGAAUCUUCACAGGCAAAGGAUUAGCUGCUGGAUAAUGGAAUGAUAUUUGCAAUUUCCCGCAUGCAUGUUAUACUCUUGCUUUCAAAACUGAAA